AUGGUGCUGAGGUUCCAGAUCACCCAGGAGAGUCCAGAACCUCAGCCCCAGCCAGGACCCCGCAGGAGAAGCCUCAGGACGCCCCGGGACACGCCCGGAUCCGGCUUUGCCUCAUCCCCAUCUCCCCUUUUUCCCGCAGGGCUCCGGGCGGCCGUGACCCUGCUGGAGUCCGGGGGGGACCUCCAGCCCCCCGGGGGGUCCCUGCGCCUCCUCUGCCGAGGGCAAGGAUUCACAUUCGGGAAUUUUGCGAUGUUGUGGAUCCGCCAGAAACCCGGGAAGGCGCUGGAAUUCCUUGCAUUGAUCAGAAAUGAUGGUGGCUACACCUGGUACGCGCCGUCGGUGCAGGGCCAGUGUCCCCCCCGGACUCCAGCAGGGUCACGGCCGCCCGGGGGGUCCCUGCGCCUCCUCUGCCAAGGACAAGGAUUCGAUUUCGGGAAAUUCACCAUGUACUGGGUGCGCCAGAAAUCCGGGAAGGUGCUGGAAUACGUCGCACAGAUCAGCAGUGAUGGUGGCAGAUCCUGGACCGCACCGUCUUUGCGUGGCCGGUUCAGGAUCUCCAGGGACAACGGGCAGAGCUCGGUGACGCUGAGCAUGAACAACCUCCAGGACGAGGAUUCCGGCGUUUAUUUCUGUGCCAAACGUUACAAUGAUGGUUACAGUGCUGGGGCUGCUUUUAUUGGGGACCAUCAUGGCCGUGGCCCCACCACCCAUGAUGGAUCCCAAAACGUCUCCAAUUUUUGGAGCCGGGGGCACAAGGCCGGAGCCAGCGGAGAUCGCUGA